AUGUCGUUCUUAAAACCUACACAAGCGGCAUCGGUCGCCAUAUUUUGCCCACAAAGCAAAGCGCCAGAUGAGGCAUAUCUUGACCAACUACGCACAUUCUUUGUAAACCAUUCCCAACUGCGCAAGCUAGCAGAUGCUGUUCAACGACUUGACGAAACAUGGAAUAUCCUCGCUGCCCGCAGACCCGACAUCGCUGCUCUGCAUCAGGGCCCCAAGUAUCUUCGGGCGCUGCACAACUGGGUAGAAACGGGUGCUUCAAAACCUGUAGCGAAUGCCAUGUCUGGAAUUCUUUCACUACCGCUAUUGGUAGUCAUCCAGACAUGUCAGUAUUUCCAAUAUCUGCGACUUGCGGGCUUGACACAUGCCGAGUUUCUGCACGGACUCAAGACAGGAGGCGCACAGGGAUAUUGCGGUGGACUGCUACCGGCUAUUGCUGUUGCAUGUGCCAAGGACGAGGAAGAAGUGGUGAGCAUGGCGGGGAUUGCGAUGCGUAUCGCUCUCGCAGUGGGCGCGUACGGAGAAUUGGGCGACGAUGAGAAUCUGCCUGGCCCAACAACGAUCGUGCUUCGUCUUCGACAUGAGGGUCAAGGCGAAGAUAUAGCGAGAAAGUUUGCUGGGGCGUAUGUUUCUGCGGUCACAGACCCUAAGACCAUAAGUAUCGUCGGUCCCGUUCCCACCCUCGAGAAGGUUACUGCAUACGCACGAGAGCUUGGAUUGCAGGCGCAAGGCAUGCAUCUGAGGGGGAAGGUACACAACCCAGAAAAUGCCGAGCUAGCAAGAGAGCUGUGUGAGUUGUGUGACGGACUGGAAAGUCUUACAUUGCCGGGCUGUGAAGACCUCCAAGUUCCUGUAUACUCCAACAUCAAUGGCCGGCAGUUACAGGACUGCUCCCUUACACACGAAGCCGUACUCACUAUACUAGCAUCCCGAUGUGAGUGGUGGACGCUCCUCAACGAGCUUGCAUCCGCACUCAAGUCUACGGGCGUCCAAGCACACACGUUCGCCAUGUUCGGCAUUGGCGAUUGUGUACCAUUGAUGCCGUUUCAUCAGGCGAGACUCAAAGUUUCCAAGAUCGACAUCCAUCGCACCAUUCGGGAAGCAGAGCUUAGGGAGUAUACGUUUCCGGAAGACGCCAUUGCAAUUGUCGGUGCUGCGUGUCGAUUGCCCGGUGCCAACAACCUGGAAGAGCUCUGGGAUCUCAUGGCAGGAGGGGUCUCCAAAGCAGAGGAAAUUCGACCGGAUCGUAUCCCGCUGCAUGCCAGCUUCAGAGCCUCGCAGGAUCAGAAGUUCUUUGGAAACUUUGUGGAUGGGGUUGAUGGAUUUGACCACACUUUUUUCCGCACGAACCCCAAGGAGGCGGCCUACAUGGAUCCACAGCAGCGCAUCCUACUGGAACUUGCGUACCAAGCCAUGGACUCCAGCGGCUACCUGCGAACGCACAAGCGUGAUAACGGUGACAACAUAGGUUGUUUCAUUGGUGCUUCUUUCAACGAAUAUCUCGACAACACUUCGGCGCAUGCCCCCACGGCAUACACUUCGACUGGCACUAUUCGGGCCUUCCUCUGCGGCAAGAUCAGUUACUACUUUGGCUGGAGUGGGCCAGCGGAAGUCAUCGAUACCGCAUGCUCGGCUUCGCUUGUAGCCAUCAACCGCGCAUGCCGGGCAAUCAUGAGUGGUGAGUGUUCCAUGGCGCUAGCAGGGGGUGUCAACAUCAUGUCUGGCAUCAACAACUACAUGGAUUUGGGCAAGGCUGGUUUCCUUAGUCCAACUGGUCAGUGCAAACCUUUCGACAAGAACGCCGACGGGUACUGCCGCGCUGACGGCGCGGGACUCGUUGUGCUCAAGUCGCUGCGGCAUGCGCGUGCCGAUGGCGACCACAUCCUCGGUGUCAUUCCCGGCGUAGCAACAAAUCAGGGCGGACUCUCAGCGUCGAUCACUGUGCCUCACUCGCCGGCUCAGAUGACACUUUACAGACGUAUUCUCAAGCAAGCAGGCAUGAAGGCGGAACAAGUGUCGUACGUCGAGUGCCACGGGACUGGCACGCAGGCAGGCGACCCGCUAGAGAUAGCUUCGGUGCGCGAGGUGUUUUGCAGCGGUGACCGACAGGGAAACCUGAAUGUUGGAUCUCUCAAAGGCAAUAUCGGACACUGUGAGACAGCAGCUGGCGUGGCAUCACUGCUCAAGGUGCUUGCCAUGUUGCAGAAGCAGCGGAUACCUCCUCUUGCUAGUUUCAAGAGUCUCAACCCCAAGAUUCCUGCUUUGGCGCCUGACAAGAUGGCCGUCGCGAAACAGGUAGAGGACUGGGAUGCGCCUCUACGUGCCGCAUGUGUCAACAGCUACGGUGCAGCCGGCAGCAAUUCUGCGCUCCUCUGCGUAGAAAUGAAGCGAGGCAUUCUUGGUCCACUUGCAGACGGUGCGUCAACAGCCAAAGCAUCGGCUUGGCCUAUUGUCAUCAGUGCGGCCAAUAAAGACUCUUUGUCACGAUACUGUCACGCCCUGGAUGACCACCUAGGCAAAACCCCCAAUCUGUCGCUCGGCGACCUGAGCUUCACACUCGCGGAGCGGAAACAGCGUCACCGCUUCCAACUUGUGGCGACAGUGUCUGACUUGAGCAGCCUCCGCAGAGUUCUGACAAGUCGUCAGCUCGAAGCAAGCAUGAUUGAUGUCGUCAACACGACACGCCCCGUCGUGCUGGCCUUCGGUGGACAAAGUAAGCAGACAGUGGGGCUCGAUAGGGGGCUCUAUGAGAGCAGUCCCAGACUUCGAGCUUAUAUGCAGGAGUGCAACAGCAUCCUCGUCGACAUGGGCUACUCGAGCAUCCUGCCCGCCGUCUUCUCUUCUGAGCCACUCGCGGACGUGGUCGUACUACAGACAGCGACAUUUGCAGUGCAGUAUGCGUCCGCGAAAUGCUGGACAGACGCUGGAGUGCGUGUUGGGGCUGUGAUCGGACACAGCUUUGGCGAGCUCACAGCCCUCGCCUUCUCCGGCGCUCUCAGCCUACGCAGUGGGUUGAAGAUCGUUGCGGCACGCGCAAAACUCAUGGCAACCAAGUGGGGUCAGGAGAGAGGUACUAUGCUCGCCAUCCAUGCAGGCCGAGAUGUCGUCGAGCAAGUGAUCCGAAAGGUGGGUGGCAGCGAACUCGAGGUGGCGUGCUACAACGCCGUUGCAAGCCAAGUUGUUGUGGGCUCUGCUGCUGCCGUGGAGCGCGCUGAGACACUGCUUGCUAGCGAUGCGCAGUUCGCCAGCGUGCGCAGCCAACGCGUCGAUGUGUCGCAUGGUUUCCAUUCCAAGUUCACUGAGCCGCUAUUGGAUGAGCUCUCGACGGUGGCAGCAUCUCUCGCCUUCAGCGAGCCAAAGAUGGCGCUUGAGAUGUGCGUAUCGGAUGAAAAAGCAAAACAGAGCAUAGGACCGUCGCGAAUUGCCCAGCAUACACGCGAGCCCGUCUAUUUUGUCGACGCCAUCCGUCGCAUCGAGGCACGCCUAGGCCCCCGCUGCGUAUGGCUUGAGGCCGGCACCGAUGCGCCCAUCAUACCCAUGGUCAAGCGCGCUGUAUCGCAGCCAGCAGAGCAUAUUUUCCUUGGAAUGCGGUUUGCGGGUGCAAAGGAUGCUGCCCAGGUGUUGCCGGAUGUGACGACAUCGCUCUGGCGUGAGGGACUGGAUGUCUCCUUCUGGCCGUCUCUUGGCGGGCCAGCUGAGUCAGGGCUUAGUCAUGUCUACCUACCGCCCUACGAGUUCGUCCGCACCUCUGCCUGGGUCGUCAACGUCGAUCGGGCUCUCGAGGCUCGCGCCAACACAGACGCAAAAGCCACAGUCCAGCCAGACCCGCCCCGGUCGUUGCUCGUCACUCAGCAGCAGCCGGGCUCCCUGACCUUCACCGUCAACAUCGACACCAAGCGCUUUGGCGACAUCGUCAGCGGCCAUGCAGUACGUGGUCGUCCAUUAUGUCCCGCCUCCAUGUACAUGGAGUGCGCCGUCAUGGCUCUGCAAUGCCAUCUUGGCUCUCGUUUCGACAAGGCUUGCGCUUUGUCUUUCGAGAAUCUCACCUUUGAACAUCCUCUGGGCGUCGACCUGAGUCGUCAUGUAGAAGUGGUACUGAGUGAGGCUGGUCAGUCUGGCCUGUGGAUUUUUCAAUUGCGCAGUGCGCCCAAGUCGUCCGCGACUCCCCGUUUCUCUACUCACGGCAGAGGCAAGGUCCGACUCGGUAGUCCUCCACAGCUGCAGACAUUUAAACACCUCGUCACUGAGUGCGUUGAAGAUGUCAGUAACAAAGACGGAACUGAAACGCUCAUGUCCAAGCGCGCCUAUGGCCUGUUCUCCCAGGUUGUCACCUACGCGCCCCUUAUGCGCGGUAUUCAGUCCAUCACCAUGGACGGCACUCGAGCCGUUGCCAGCAUCAAAGUCCCAACCCCUCACGUUGCUGCCGAUGACAGCUCUGCCAUUGCGCUUUGUGACACCGUCUCCAUAGACACCUUCAUUCAGGUUGUUGGUCUUCUCAUUAACAGCAGUGACGCUUGCAUUCCCAAUCAUGUCUUCGUUGCUACUGGCGUAGAAAGCGCCACGUUGUCCAACGCCUGCGAUUUCACUGCCGCCGAUUCCUGGACUGUCUACGCUGUGUUCCGAUCCACGAGCGAGACAACAGCCACGGGUGAUGUCUUCGUUAUGACCAAGAACGGCACUAUGGCUCUGAAUGUUAUGGAUGUUGCCUUCACCCGACUGCCCAUUGCAACGCUUGAGAAGCUCCUCGACACGGCAAACUCGACGCCUGCUGCCAAGAAGGAAACUGCACCCAAACGUCUUGCUGCGCCUGCAGUUCCAAGCCGCGGCGCUGUGCCCGAGUUGGAAGCUGCAGACGAUCAUCAAGCAGACAGUUCUUCUGAUAGUGAAGACGGGAUCGCUACCCCGCCUGGCGAGCUAGAUGACAGCGGCCUUCGUAAGAUGAUUGCCAUGUACACCGGCGUAUCAGUUGAUGCUAUUGCUACCCAGUCCACUAUGGCGGACUUGGGUGUCGACUCUCUUGCCGCUGUUGAGUUCGCUGAGGAUCUACGCUCGCAGUUUGGCAAAGAAAUUGAGUCGAUGGAUCUUCUAUCAAGCGACCUCAAUACCUUGUCUAAGCUCUGUCUGACUUCCAUUCCCAAGCCACAGACUAAGACCAAGUUGACCAAAGCCAAUAUUGCUCAGAUACCUCCAGUUAUGCCGGUGCCUGCAAGCAACGGCGGUCGAAAACGCCUCGUUCAAAUCGUUUCAGAUGCUUGUGGCGCCCCCAUAUCGGAUAUCAAAGACUCACACACUCUCCGUGAUCUUGGUGUUGACUCUUUGGCGUCGGUAGAGCUGAGCAGCGAUCUCGAGAAUGCAUUUUCUGUCCAUAUAGACGAAAGUGACGUGCAUCUCGACUGCACCAUCGCUGAGAUUUGCAGCUACCUAGGCAUCGGAGAGGCGAGCGUAGAACCCUCGGCAGCCACACUGAUCCAGACAUCGACGCCUAGCUCGGCGCAUGCCAAUUCCACGCCGGCCGCUCCACAAGGCAAUGCAAACGUGACCCACCAGCGCGUUCUCCAGAUCAUAUCCGACGCAUGCGGUGCCCCUUUCGAGGCUAUGGGCGAUGGUGAAUUACUUCGCGACCUCGGUGUUGACUCAUUGGCAGCGGUAGAGCUGAAGAGUGAGCUCGAGGAUGCUUUUGACGUUCAGCUAGAUGAUGAUCUACUAGAUCUGUCCAUAUCCGAAACGGUCAAAAGCUGUGGAGGUACUACUGGGCCCGUCAGUCUUUCUCCAACCCCUAACAAGACGGCCGCUAGUCCGACCCUACCACCCAAAAUCCCAGACAUCAAGCCUCCACCAAUCCCGGCCGAUAUGGGAAGUCCAUUCGACUCUCUUGUGUCCAAUGAGAAUGACUACACUACCAAGGCAAGGAGAUGUGGAUUUCAAGACUUUGGAACUAUGGUAGCUCCCCGACAAGACGAGCUCAUGUUGGCUUAUAUUGUCGAAGCUAUUGCGGAACUCGGCAUUGACCUGAAAGGUCUGAGUGAGGGGGCCCCGUUGCCACCUCUGGCUUAUCGAAGCAAGCAUGCUUACGAUCGGCUCAUGCAAAGGGUUUGGGUCAUUUUGGCAAAGCAUGGACUGGUGAACACAAUCAGCAUGUCAUAUCGCGUGAGGGGAUCCGCCAAGUGCCCGCAGAGUACUUCGGCCGAGCUUCUCCUGAACAUGCAGAAGGACUUCCCCGCAUAUCGCUGCGAAUUCGCCUUGAUGAACUUGACUGGAUCCCAGCUUGGUCAAUGUCUUGCCGGAAAGCAGGAUCCAAUUGCUCUCAUGUUCAAGACACAGGAGGCACAGGCUAUCAUGGAGGAUUUCUAUCUCAACUCUCCCAUGCUUGCCACGGCUACAGAGAUGCUUGUAGACACCAUCGUCGAUACUGUCUCUAGGUCCAAUAUCAACAACCCCAUCAACAUCCUCGAGGUUGGGGCUGGCUUUGGUGGAACAACAAGGAAGCUCGUGCAACGACUUGACCGCUUGGGUCGAUCCGUUUCCUACACUUUCACUGACAUCUCACCCACACUCGUCAGCCGUGCACUUAAGGUUUUCGCUAAUCAGUAUCCAUGGCUGCAGUUUCAAACAUGGAACAUGGAACAUACGCCUUCAAACGCCCUCUCUGCUACAGGACCUUUUGACAUCAUCAUCGGCACCAAUUGCGUUCACGCUACUCAGGACCGCAUGUCUACACUCAAUCGUCUAAAGCAAUUGCUUCACCCGUCCGGCUUUCUCGUACUUUCAGAAGUCACAGAGAUCGUAGACUGGUACGACAUCACCUACGGCCUGCUUGACAGUUGGUGGUCCGACAAGGAUGGCAGCUACCCUCUCCAACCCGCUGAUGCUUGGAUGCGAUGCUUCAAGGAUGCUGGAUUUGCCGUCGCAUCGUAUUCUCAAGGCCCCAACGCAGAUCUAAGCAUACAGAGACUGCUCAUUGCCAGCAUGCGAAGAGACAUACAAGCGCCGCACCGCACGCCCCUACGACCCGUAAUGGAGACUGUAGUCUACAAGACGGCUGAUGGCGUGGACAUUCAUGCAGACGUUUUCUUUCCAAAGCAGCCGCUCGCCAGCGCCAUGCCCAUCGGUGGGUCUCUCUGA